AACAGUUUGAAUUCGAAGCGGUAACAGUGCGAUUCAUUGUACGACAUACAACGAACCUACACAAUCUUUUGCGAUUUUUAGUGUUAUUUACCAGUGCGAUUUUAAUUCGUAUAUUCGAUUAUUGCGGUACUAUUUUACUUCACUUGUACUGUACUUUCAUUAUUUUGAAACGUAAAUACUACCUAACGUUUGAUCUUCGUAAUUCUUUAUCGUAAUCAUUGUGCGUGUGACAAAAGUUUGACAACUUAAUUGGCGAAAUGGCGAAAAGAACAGCGAUUGGUAUCGACCUGGGUACCACCUAUUCUUGUGUGGGUAUCUGGCAACACGGAAAAGUUGAGGUAAUCGCCAACGAUCAAGGAAAUAGGACCACGCCGAGUUAUGUGGCGUUCACCGACACCGAACGGUUGAUCGGYGACGCUGCCAAGAACCAGGUGGCGAUGAACCCUGUGAAUACGGUGUUCGACGCCAAACGGUUGAUCGGCCGUCGAUUUGACGACGAAAAGACGCAAGCGGACAUCAAACACUGGCCRUUCAAAGUGGUAAACGAUUACGGUAAGCCCAAGAUUCAAGUUGAAUUCAAGGGAGAACGGAAGGUAUUCGCUCCGGAAGAAAUCAGUUCGAUGGUGCUGACGAAAAUGAAGGAGACCGCCGAAGCGUAUUUGGGCCGUKCCGUGACSGACGCCGUGAUCACGGUGCCGGCGUAUUUCAACGAUUCGCAGAGACAAGCGACCAAGGACGCGGGCGCCAUAGCCGGCCUGAACGUGAUGCGAAUAAUCAACGAACCGACGGCUGCGGCUUUGGCUUACGGUCUUGACAAGAACCUGAAAGGUGAGAGGAACGUGUUGAUAUUCGACCUGGGUGGCGGCACGUUCGAUGUGUCCGUUCUGCAGAUCGACGAGGGUUCGAUAUUCGAAGUGAAGUCAACGGCGGGUGACACCCACUUGGGCGGCGAAGACUUUGACAGCCGACUGGUGUCUCAUUUGGCCGAAGAGUUCAAGAGGAAAUUCAAAAARGACGUUCACAARAAUCCCAGAGCGUUGAGACGGUUGAGGACAGCAGCAGAACGGGCCAAGAGGACCCUGUCGUCUAGUUCGGAGGCCACAAUAGAGAUCGAUGCUCUGAUGGAAGGCGUCGAUUUCUACACGCGAGUGUCCCGAGCGCGUUUCGAGGAGCUGUGCGCAGAUCUGUUCAGAUCGACRUUGCARCCGGUUGAGAAGGCAUUGGCRGACGCCAAGUUGGACAAAGGAGACAUACACGACAUAGUGCUSGUGGGCGGUUCGACGAGGAUCCCGAAGAUCCAGAGUCUACUGCAAAACUAUUUCUGCGGCAAACCGCUCAACCUGUCAAUCAACCCGGACGAGGCAGUUGCUUACGGCGCCGCGGUACAGGCGGCCAUACUCGGCGGYGACACGAGUUCUGCGAUUCAAGACGUGUUGCUCGUGGACGUCACUCCGCUGUCGCUGGGCAUCGAGACGGCKGGCGGCGUGAUGACCAAGAUCGUCGAACGCAAUUCCACCAUUCCGUGUAAACAAACYCAAACGUUCACCACGUACGCGGACAACCAACCGGCCGUCACCAUCCAGGUCAUCCAGUGGUUGGACAACAAUCAGUUGGCAGACAAAGAAGAGUACGAGCACAAACUAAAGGAGAUCCAAAAGAGCUGCUCGGCGCUAAUGAUGAARAUACACGGAGCGGGACAAGCCGGCGGCGGCAACGCGCCUCAUCCCGGCUCCAAUGGUUUCCCUGGAUCCCGUCCCGGAGGACCUACCAUCGAAGAAGUCGACUAAUUCUUUUAAAAAUGUGAUUCUAUGUUAUUUGUUUUGUAAAUAUUUUGUAUAUACUGCUGUGUAAAACAUUCCAUUCUGUGAUUUUUUUAAUGUAUAUAAGAUGUAUAUAGAUAUAGAG